AGGUGCUGUAAGCCUCUGAUCCAGGCGGAGAUUUGCAGAUGGAUUUUGCAAAGCCGUCGCUAAACAACUCACAGCCCCUGAUCCCGAGGGACGAGGCUCCGGGUGCUCACCCUGUCCUCACCAAACGCCUCUGGUGCUGGGUGGGUGAUCCCUGGGCACCCUAGCUCCUGCUCCGUGUCUCCAGCCACCUCUCAGAACCCCCCGGAGCUGCGGCACAGCCAUGGGGAGCUGAGCACACACGGAGCCAGGAGCUGCGAGCCCGGGGAGGUGAGAGCCAGCCCUCGCCAUGGUCUCCAUGGGACUUCAGCUGCUGGGCUACGCCGUGGCCUUCCUGGGCUACAUCGGCACGCUGGUGACCACGCUGCUGCCCAGCUGGAAGACCAGCUCCUACGUCGGUGCCAGCAUCGUGACAGCCGUGAGCUUCACCAAGGGGCUGUGGAUGGAGUGUGCCACGUACAGCACGGGCAUCACCCAGUGUGACAUCUACAGCUCACUGCUCAACCUGCCCACCGACAUCCAGGCGGCACAAGCCCUGAUGGUGAGCUCCUGCGCCGUGUCCUCCCUCGCCUGCAUCCUCACCAUCGUGGGCAUGAGGUGCACUGUCUUCAGCCAGGGCUCACCAGCCAAGGACCGGGUGGCGGUGGUGGGUGGCAUGGUCUUUGUGCUCGGGGGGCUGCUGUGCUUCAUCCCACUGGUGUGGAACAUCCACGUGGUGCUGCGGGAUUUCCGCAACCCUGGCAUCCCCGACAGCAUGAAGUUCGAGCUCGGGGAGGCGCUUUACCUGGGCAUCGUCUCCUCCCUCUUCUCCCUCGUCGGUGGCUUCAUCCUCUGCACCUCCUGCCCUGCACGGGACACCACGACCACCUAUGCAAACACCUACCGGCCCCAGCUGCUGGCAGGCAAGAGCUGCCGGCCCUCCGUCAACCACACACAGAAGACCAAGAGUGAGCUCAGCACCUACAACCUGACGGGAUAUGUGUAAUAGCGGCUGCAGUGGGGAGCAGGGCUGGCACCUCUCCUGGCUCCCCAGAGCAUCUGGGCUGGCACCAAAGGAGCAUGGUAAGAGGAGAGGAUACAGCAGCAUCACCAGUGAUUGUGGGGUUUGCCACUGGGGAUUCAGAGAGCCUUGUGACUGCUCAGAGCUCCCAGCUAGAGGCUUACAUUGGUGAAGGACCCUGGAUCCAGCUUCUGUUCCCCUCUCCAUGCUGCCAGCCCACAGGCAGCCCCUGGCACAGCAGGACCCCUGCCUGCAG